CCUCCGUCUCGACCCGACCAGGCGACCAGUACAUCGUCCGCUUCCCACCGCUUGGACAUUCAACAACCGCCCAACAACCAACCAGAGGCACCAACCAUGGCGGCGGCGAAGAUAGCGCCGUCGAUGCUGUCGUCGGACUUCGCCAACCUCGCUGCGGAGGCAGAGCGCAUGCUCCGGCUCGGCGCCGACUGGCUCCACAUGGACGUCAUGGAUGGCCACUUCGUUCCUAAUUUAACUAUUGGAGCUCCGGUGAUUCAGAGCUUGAGGAAGCACACAAAGGCAUAUUUGGACUGCCAUCUCAUGGUCACAAAUCCUUCGGAUUAUGUAGAAGCAUUUGGGAAAGCUGGUGCCUCAGGAUUCACAUUUCAUAUAGAAGUAAGCAGAGAUAACUGGGAAGAGCUCAUCAAAAGCAUUAAAGCAAAGGGCAUGCGACCUGGUGUAUCAUUAAGGCCUGGUACUCCUGUGGAGGAUGUUUUCCCCCUGGUGGAAGCAGAAAACCCUGUGGAGUUGGUUCUUAUCAUGACAGUUGAGCCUGGCUUUGGCGGUCAGAAGUUCAUGCCAGAAAUGAUGGAUAAGGUGCGUACACUGAGAAAGAAGUACCCUUCCCUUGACAUAGAGGUCGACGGCGGUCUGGGUCCUUCCACCAUUGACGCGGCGGCAUCUGCCGGGGCCAACUGCAUCGUCGCUGGAAGCUCUAUAUUUGGAGCUGCCGAGCCGGGAGAGGUCAUGUCGGCGCUACGAAAGAGCGUCGAGGUGUCCCAAAACAAAAGCUGAUUGCUGUUUCCGCUGUAAACUACUGUAACCACUCUGCAUGUCACCCGUGCGCAGCUUGCGGUCUUGGCAACUUAUGCCAAUGCUAAGUACUGUACUUUUUUCAGAUGUUCUGCAAGUGCCAUGUAAGUUAUUUGGGAGAACGCAUAAUCUUUUUAAGUUCCGUAAGUUACUUGGGCAAGCUGCAACAUGGCCAUUGAGAAUUUAUUGGGAGUAAAAUGAGAUAAGGCGUACGAUUUCUGGGUCA